UUUUCAUGUGACAAGUUUGAGAAAACAAAGUCCACGGCGCGAUUCAUUUUGCAACUAACAUCAGAUGUUUUGAGGUUUUCAUAAAUAUUUACGAAAGUUAUUGGUGAUAAAUUAUUACCAAGUUUUUAUCCUUCACAAAAGAAGUUAAGCUUAAUUAAGAUACUCAGUAAGGAGGGAUCAACAUUUGACCUGACGUGACCUCACUAAUCAUGGAAACGUGCACAUUUUGCGGAGGUCAUGACCCCUGCGUCGUCCCUUCCCCGGAAAACGGGGCCCUUUUGUCCUACUCAGCCUCCUGCGUGACCUCUCUGCUCACCGUGUUCCACAUCGACGGCGCCGACCCCGUCGUGGCGCACCUCGCCACGGGCGCCCUCACCUGCGCGGACUGUCUCCAACUCACGCGCGACAUCGACUUGGAGUUAAGGUCGCUGCUCAAAUUCCUCAAAAAUCUGGACCUUCUUCGAUCCCGGUUGGCGAGGAGGGUCAAGCGCGCCGCGGCCGCGGAUGCGACGGCAAAUUCUCCAUUUUCCGCGACCCGUUACCUCAACGAAAGAAUUCAGCAAGAAAUACCCCUCGUUAACCAAGCUUUUGAAACGUUCUGGAAUUUACUCCGGAUUAAAAAACGUGCCGAUGAUAACAAAAACCCGGAGGAAAUUUGUAAACAGGAUAUCCUCAUCAAGGACGAAGCCUUAUCCGACCAGGAAUCCGAGACGAAUCUCGCAAACGAAAUAGUUUUAGAAGUUGGCGAUGGCGACAAAGACGCCACAUUCACCCUCGAUCCUGUCGACAAAGACGCCACAUUCGCCCUCGAUCCUGUCGACGAAGACGACUUUUCUGAUUCGGAUUCUUCCAAUUAUUCGCCCUCCUCUCGCGAUUCCUCCCCAGAAAUAGACGAUUCUUUGUCUAAUCCGCCCCCAAAAAAGGACGCCACAUCCUCCAAUUCUUUACAAUGUCCCGUCUGUUUCAAAACAUUUGCCAAGAUUGCGUCAAAAAAUCGUCACUUUCGAUACCAUCACGACCCCACUUUUACCCCUUUCCCCUGUCCGGGGGAGGGUUGUGACCGGGUUUUUGCACAAUCUUGGCAUUUAAAAGUCCACGUGGAGAGAGCUCAUCCGGGCGUUAGUUUUCCGCCCAGAAAGAAAAUUCGGGUAGAAGGGGACAUUGUCCCGAAAAAAGAACGGAUCCCUUGCCCCGUGGAAAGCUGUGAUAAAUCCUACGCACGAACUCAAGGGAUGGUCGUACACAUGAAAGUUGCACAUCCUGAGGUCCCCUUACCCGCAAACUAUACCCCAAAGAGCAGGAGGAUAAGAAUAAACCCGGGAGUUAAAGAAGAGGUUGCAGAAAAACUGAUCCGAAUUUUUAAGAAGAGGAUUCUGCGAAGGAAACCGUGUCCCGUUUGUGGAAAGGAGGUCGGAUCGAGCAGUUUUUCCGAGCACUUGAGAGGCCAUGCGGGCGAGAAAAACCAUCUCUGCACGAAAUGCGGAAAACUGUUCCGAAACGCGAGAAACCUGCGCCUGCACGACGCCUCCGUCCACAUUAAAGAACGAAACUUCAUCUGCGCCAUUUGUGGAGCGUCCUUCUUCCGGAAGGAGGUUCUCGAUAACCACGUCGCGACCAUUCACGAGCGCCCGGCCGACCUCCGAUUUUCCUGCGACACUUGCGGAAAGGCUUAUCGACACGAGAAAAGUUUAAAGGAGCACGUGCAAAUGCACACCGGCAAAAAUUUGGAGUGUCCCAUUUGUUCGAAAGUCUUUAACAGGAAGGAAAAUGUGAGGCUCCAUUUGAGAACGGUGCACGGAGGGGAGAAGCUUAUCAGGAACAGGAAAAAGACGAGGGGACUAGAAGUAGAAUAUAGAGGAGAAUAGGGCUUAUCAUCAAGGUGAUUAUUAGAUAUUACCUUAUCAAAGUGCUAGUCACGAUUUCAUACAGGAAGGUUGCAAUAAUUGGUUAAUUGUGUACAUAAUUUAAAUUUAAAUUAUGGUUUAAUUCCUCUGAUUAAAAAUUGGCUGAACGUUUCAAAGUUUCAAUGAAUAAUGUAUCUACGCCUCGUUUUGUACUUUUUUAACUUAUAAAUUACAGAAAAUUUAAAAUGGUAUUAAAUCAAGUAAAUUUAGGCAGUUAUUUUAGAAAAUAUUUCAUUAAUUGCACAAAUUGUUAAAUGAUUUAAUGUACAUAUUUAUUGACUACUUUAAUUGAAAUUUAUAUUUACGUUACGUACUCGCAGAAGUUUCUAAAAAUCCAUAGUCUAAAAAUUCUUCACACCACACAUAACUUCCAUCGUAUGUACCUUUCAAAAUUUAAGUUCAACGUUCAUGCCACAAGAAAAACGCACAUCGACUAAAAUUCAACUACUAAAUAAACAUUAUACAUAAGUUAAUAAAAUUCUAAAAUUAAAAAAAACAUGAAGGAUUUUAUUUUUAAUAAAUUUAUAUCUAAAUAAAAAACGACAAAGUUUACUCGUAGAAACCCAUUAAGUUUUUGUAGGAUUAGGCCUCCAUCCAUCACAACUGCAAAAAAAAGAAAAUUAAAUAUUUUUCUAGUACUAGUAAAUGAGGAUAAUAAAGGCUAUUAUUAUUAUUUCCCCCGA